AUGAAAAUAAAUUCUGCAAGUCAAUAAAAACCAAUUUAUGCUAGACCAUAAACUUCACCAUUAAAAACAGGUUAGUCAUCUAUUUAGAAAAAUAAGUACUAAAUAUUCCUAAUAAUUUCAGAUAUUUAGUUUCUACAGGAAUAUCUACUAAUAUUAAUACUAAAACAGAUAAUAAAGUUUCUAAAUCAACUGCCUUAUCUCAUGAUUUAAUAUCUUUAAUCAAAAAUGGAGCUAUUUCACACAUCAAUAAUUAAUUUAAUAGAAAACUUAAUUCUCCAAAUUAAUUCAUUCUUGAUAUUAAUCAUGAUUCCAAUUAAAACAGACCAAAAUCAAAACAAUAAAUUCAAAAAAUAAUCAAAAAUAAAAAAACAGAUAACAAUCUUAAACAUCAUGAAAAUUUGAUUCAAAAGCAAUUCCAAAAAUUAUUUGAUAUCCAUAAACAACAUCAAAAAUCAUAAAGAUCUCCUCCACAUAUACAUAAUAGAGCAAUGAGUAAUGGAGAUCUCAAACCAACAAGUGAUAUAGCAAAUAAAUUAAUUGAAUAUAUUAAAAAAUAAUCUGUCAAACAGAUUAAAGGUUAUAGGUCAAUAUCAAAUCCCGAUAUAGUUUUAACAGAAAGAAGAUUAAUAUCUAGAUUUGUAGUUAAGUAUUAUAUGAAUAAAAUUUAAUAGAACUUAAGCUGGUAUGUUACAUACAAAAUAAGAGAAAAUAAAUUAGGAUUCGUAUGCGAUUCAUGAAAGAAUAGGAAAUAUAGAUAAUUCAUAUUUACUGUAAGUUUCAGAUGGACAUGGAAUUAAUGGACAUGAAGUUGCAUAAUUUGUUUAAGAAAGAUUACCAACAAUAAUUGAUUAGUUAUUAAAAUCUCAAAAAAUGAAUAAAAAAGAAUAAGAUAUGAUGAUAUAAGUAAUAUUAAGAUAAGCCUUUGAAAGAACAACAAAAGAAUUAUAUAAAUCUGGAAUAGAUAUAACAUAUAGUGGAGCAACAACAGUUUGUUUAUUAGUUAUAGAACGAACUGGAUGGUGUGCUAAUAUAGGAGAUUCAAGAGCAAUAGUUGCAAAAUAGAAGGAUGGAUUACAUGUUGUUGAAUUAUCCCAUGAUUAAAAACCUGAUAUACCUAAAGAAUAGAAAAGAAUAAUAUAAAAUGGUGGUAGAGUCUAAGCAUAUUCUGAUGAAGAAGGAAAUCCAAUUGGUCCAGCUAGAGUUUGGUUAAAAAAUGAAAAUGUUCCUGGGUUGGCCAUGUCUCGAAGUUUUGGAGAUUAUGUCGCUGCUUAAGUAGGUGUAAUCUCAAUUCCAGAAAUAAUUAAACAUACAUUUUAAAAUGACAAAUUCCUGAUUAUGGCAUCAGAUGGAAUUUGGGAGUAUUUAUUAUUGUUAUUUAAGAUUUCUCGAUAAUUAAUGGGUUAUUGAUACAGUUUAUGCCUAUUAUUUGAAAAAUGAUGCAGAAGGAGCUGUUGAUAGAUUGAUAAAAUAAGCCACAGAAACAUGGUAGAAAGAGGAUGAAGUAAUUGAUGAUAUCACAUGCAUUAUUGCAUUUUUUAAUUGA